UUCACUUAGCAAGAUGGCGAUAUCCAUGUGAUCAGCGAGUUCGAUUUGUCAAUCAGCUGUGUCAGCGGGCGUGAAUGUGUUGAUCUGUUGAUCAAAACUGUGAAUUUUUACAGGGUUAUGACGAGACAUACCUUAUAGCUUUGGAUAUUUCUGGAUAGCAUAGAGGGCCACCAUGCGUAACCUGGAGCUGUUGCUCUCCUCCCAGAUUGAUGGGCUACCAGACUUGGAAGGGUGCCACGGCCUGAGUAUCGACUGUGACAUGGGGCGGGUUUACCUGGCUACAGGAGGGUCAAAGGUCGUAUGCCUGGAUCCCCAGUCACAAGAGAUUCUUUGGACCCUGUCCUUGGUUGAACAAGGCUAUGCCCCACCCGGCGAGGACAGUGUUAUUACCGCCAUACAACAUUUGCCCGACCAACAGUCAGUCUGCGUGGCCACAGGCGAAGGAGACGUUCUUCUCUACAACACAAUCUCCCGUGAGCUGGAAUGUGUUGGAAGCGUGGACAGCGGUUUGACCAGCAUGACGUGGAGUCCGGACCAAGAGUUGCUCGUUCUCUCCACAGGAGCAGCCACUCUGCUCUUGAUGACCAAGGAUUUCAUCCCAGUCACCGAGACCACAAUGCACCCUCGUGAAUUUGGACAGCAUGAACCGAUCACUGUGGGUUGGGGGAAGAAAGAAACACAGUUCCAUGGGACAGCAGGCAAGCAGGCAGCUGUUAGGACCGUCCAGGAAGUCAAACCUGCCCUGGCUUGGGAUGACAUGAAAGUGCGCAUCAGUUGGCGCGGCGACGGACAGUUCUUUGCCGUCAGUGCUGUCAGUCCGGACACAGGAGUUCGCAAGCUCAGGGUAUGGAGUCGAGACUGCAUCUUGCAGUACACCAGCGAAGACCUGAACGGCCUGGAGCAGCCACUAUCUUGGAAACCAUCUGGAAGCCUGAUAGCGUCAAGUCAAAGACUCGAGAGUCGUCACGACAUCAUCUUCUUUGAGAAGAAUGGCCUCAGACAUGGCGAAUUUACUCUGCCGUUUGACCCCUCGGCCGUUAAGGUCUGUGAGAUUCUGUGGAACACGGAGUCCACCGUCAUGGCUGUGUGGCUCGAGGACCUUGUGACCGGUGACAGGGAAUCGGGCCAAGCUCCACGCUCAUACGUCCAGCUAUGGACAGUAGGGAAUUAUCACUGGUACCUCAAGCAGAGUCUUGACUUUGCGGUGAGAGAAGGUAACCGGAUGGCGGCCGUGCAGUGGGACCCGGAGCACGCGCACCGUCUGCACGUCGUGAUGCAGUCAGGAAGGUACCUGCAGUAUACGUGGCGCUGGGCAACCAACCACAGCCGGGGUACUGACUGCAGCGAUGGCGCAUGCGUUGCCGUGAUCGACGGAGAUAAAAUCUUGAUGACACCAUUCAGAGCAAUGGUGGUUCCCCCGCCAAUGUCCGCCUACUCCAUACACCUACCGAAGCCUGUCAGUCAAGUGUGCUUUGCUCCACCUCCUAACAGCAACCGCAUGGCUGCCCUGUUGAAUGAUGGAAGAGUUGCCAUUUAUAUCAAACCAGAAGAGAACCAACCAUCUAGCAUUGAUGCUAGUGUUCAGUUAGUCGCAGCGGGGGGUAACGGCUUCCGAGCAAUGACGACCCCACUGACUCUGAGAGCGCUUCUUUGCAUUGAUGACGAGUCUGGUAGCCCCUUAGUGCCGACCUAUCCCUCACAGUAUCAUCAUCUACAGUGGGUCAGCAACCAGACGUUUCUUGUCGUCUCGUCAGACCCCGGUGGCGUUGGAAGCACACUGCAUCGGAUAAGUCUCUCCGAGGACGAUUCUGAGACCACAAAGCUGUGUGUCGAAUCUCAGAGCACCAUCUUUGGCCAGGUUUACAGAGUCUGCGUCAACCCUCUGACCCAGACGGUGGCCGUACAGCUAGUGGAUGGCAGUGUGAUCACUCCGGACAAUGAGCCCAUGGUCAGACUACCCCAGCCGUGCGCUCACAUGGCGCUGUGCUGCAUGGGCGGACAGGAAAUUGUGCUAGGGUUGACGGAGAGGUAUCGCUUCUACGUCAACCAGACAGAGUUUGCCUCCAACUGCACCUCGUUUGCCGUGCAGGACGAGUACCUCCUGCUGACGACACACAGCCACACUCUCCGCUGCAUCAGCCUCAAGUCCGACGCCAAAGACCUGGUCACCGCAGUUACCACGUCCGUAGACGAAAGCAUCCGGCGCAUUGAGAGAGGCUCGCGCAUCGUCACGGUCAUCCCCGGUGACACCAAGGUUAUCCUGCAGAUGCCGCGGGGCAAUCUGGAGACAAUCCACCCGAGGGCUCUGGUGCUGUCCGCCAUCAAGAAACUCUUAGACAGCCUGAAGUACCAGGAGGCCUUCUUGGUCAUGAAGAGGCACCGCAUCAACUGGAACUUAUUUUACGACCACAACCCAAAGGCUUUCCUCAGUAACAUUGACCUGUUUGUCAGGCAGCUUGACUCUGUCACCAGCCUGAACCUUUUCCUGGCUGAUCUCAAGGAGGAAGACACCACGCAGACGUUGUAUUCGGCCGCAUACCAGCGGAGAUCCGAGGCGGCCGGAACGGCCAGGGGGAACAAAGUGGACACAGUGUGCGAUGCAGUGAGAGAGAGUUUGGAUAAAAUCAACCCGCAAAAAUUCUUCCUGUCGGUGCUGACAGCCCACGUCAAGAAGACCAGACCGGAACUGGAGGUCGCCUUGCAGAGGAUCCAGGAGCUAUCAAAAGGCACACCAACAGCAAGGGACGGCCAGAUCCCGGGCUCAGGUAGCGAUGAUAGCCCCUCCACUGACGAGGCCCUGCGGUACCUGAUCCUGCUGGUGGAUGUCAACGAACUCUUCGACAUGGCCUUGGGAACCUACGACUUCAAGCUGGUCCUGAUGGUGGCGGAAAAGUCACAAAAGGAUCCCAAGGAGUACCUCCCGUUCCUGAACCAGCUCCGUAAACUGGAGAUCAACUACCAGUGCUACUCCAUCGACAAGCACCUACGACGCUACAGCAAGGCGCUGCGGCACAUCAGCGCCUGCCCCGGAGACGAACGCUUCGCCGAGUGCAUGAGCCUGGUGACGGAGCAUCAGCUGUACAGCGAGGCGAUGCAGCUUUUCGAGCGGGGAUCGGAGAGAUAUGAGGCCGUCGGGACUGCAUAUGGCAACUACCUUCAGAGCGAACACCGCCAUGCAGAUGCAGCCCUAAUCUUCACUCUCUGCUGCCAAUGGGAGAAGGCCUUAGAGAUGCACACAAAGUGUGGCCAAUGGCGGCAGGCCUUCUGUAUGGCGACUCGGUUGAAUUACACACCAGACAAGCUGGCGGAAACAGCUAGAAAAUUGGCAGCAUAUCUGUCGGGACACAGAAGGCACUCGGAAGCAGCCAGUGUCCUGGUGGAGUACGCCGACGACAUGGAGGAAGCGAUCAGCACGCUCAUCAGCGGAUGCCAGUGGGCAGAGUCUCUAAGACUGAUGUACAAGUGCAAGAGAGAAGAUAUCAUUGAAACCCAUCUUAAGCCAGCACUUUUGGAGAGAUGUAGCAGCACACAGGCAGCCCUGGAAAAUUUCCUGGCAACUUUCGACAGGCACCAGAGACGCCUCGCCGUCGUGAGAGAGAACAAGCUGCGACAAGAGCAAGAGGAGGGCGCGGACUACGACAACGUGGACGCAGACCUGUACUCGGACACCAGCAGCGUCGGGGGUAGUGCCCUGGGAUCUGUCUCCAGUUUUGGCUCCACCAGUAGCACGUACAGCACGGGCACAGCCAGCAGCAAAACCUCUGGGCGGUCUAGGAAGAAUCGGCGAAAAGCCGAACAGAAGAAGCGAAGUCUGAAGGAGGGAAGUAAGCACGAGGACCUAGCCUUGCUGGAGGCACUGAUAGAAAUCUUCAAGAAUGUGGAUCAACUCAAAGGUGAUGUUGGACAGCUUCUUCCGGUGUUGGUAAUGUUUGAUUUCAAGGAGGAAGCCCAGCAGCUUCAGCAAGCCAUGCUAGAUGCAAUAAAGACCUUAGAGGCAGGCCGCACAGAAAUAUGGACAAGCAAAAUCCCCCAGCCCUUGUCAGGGACAACUACGGGGUUUGGCCCACAGUUCACCUCCAACACCAUCGCCGCCUCCAUGACUGGCCCGGGUUUCGCUGCCCCAUCCUCCUUGACCUCCCCUGAUGACAUGGUCCUCUUCGUCCCCCCAAAGCUGAGCAAAGACGACAAGUGGCGACUGCACAUGCUUGAGCCGAGGUGAAACAAAGCGCAGCACAGAAACAACUCCUUGGUGGCUUCUGUAAAUCCACCUUUCAGCUAAGUGACACGUCAGCCUCCUUGGAAAAAUAAUUGGCAUGAGAGUGUGUGCAUGCAUGGAAAUAAUCAUUUACUUUCUAAAAUGAUGCCAUCAGGAUAGAUAGCAAAAUGGAAGCAGACUGUUAUUUUGGGUUCCUUUGAGGAGGAAAACCAUGGCAUAUGGAAAUAAAAGAAGGUUCGGACGCCAUUGUGCCACAUGUAACAUCUUCAACUCGUUAAGGCUUUCCCAUUUGUUAGGCUUUCAAGGCAAGCGCAAUGAACAUCUUGAUCCUUUAAAAAUAGAGUAAUGUACCUUUCCCCCAACCCCCCCCGGAUUUACCUUGAACCAACAUUUUUUCAAUGGCAUUAUCAGCACACUGAAGGGAUUAGUUGUCCAUGAAAUGGACCUGAGAAAUGUCCUUUGUUCAGCCAACCGUGAAAAUCUGACCACCUCCCUAACUGUUGUCAGCACGGGCACUGAUAGGUGCUGAGACCUUUAACCUAAUUAUCUUUAUGCCAGUGUUGUACGGUUAGAAAUCCGUGAAAAAUCCCCAGCAGGAUUAGUCCUAUAAGCUCUUGGUCAUCAUCCUUGAAACAGCGCUCGGAGAUUAACAUCAGGGCAAAAUUAACGACAGUUCAAGGGAUAAGAUGUUGAUAGCCAAAAUGCUUCCACUGCCACCAUUUUGUUUUUUCAAGUUCAAUUUACACUGUUCACGAAACAAAUAUUUGAAUUGGAAUACUCGCACUGCGUAUAGCAGGACAGAAGUCUGUGAACUACAUGUACGCUGCAGAAUAUGGACUCGGCCUUUUUGCUAUUUUGUCAGACUCACUUUCAUCACACAUUUCUGGCAAUGACCCCAAGGAUUCCUCAGAUGCGCCCAGCCAUUGUAGCUCGCUCGUCUGAAGAAACCUUUGGAAAUUAGAUAAUGAGAAGCAGUUACAGUUUUAGAGGUGGGAGGAAAACCCCAGAGGAAUAUACAGGGUAAAACCCACAGAAUCAGGUAGGGACUGGAAACCCAAUCCUCAUGUGGACUGAGUUGGGAAUCGAACCCAGGCCACAGAGGUGAAACCUAAGGAAAGAACCGCUACGUGUACAUGAACCUUAAUAGCAGUGUACAGGCACGUCGUAUACAGUGUAGACCUCUGCACAAAAGAAGUCCUCAUAAUGCAGGGUACGAUGGCAUUGUGUGGACUCGCACACGCCCACACAA